AUGCCUUUGUGGCUUUUCUUCUUAAACCCGUCAGACAAGAAAGAGACGCCCUCACAAACAAAAACUGGGGUUGGAGAGAUUAAUCCAAGCGACCCGCUGGAGGUGCCAAACAAAGACGUCAUGUCAGUGAGUGUUCAUGAGAACCGAAAGUCCCGCACCAGUACGGGGUCCAUGAACAUCUCACUGUUCCACAAGGCGUCCCACCCGGACAGUGUCCUGGCCCACCUGAACUCCAUGAGAAAACAGUGCAUGUUCACAGAUGUGACACUGUGGGCAGGGGACCGCUCCUUUCCAUGUCACAGAGCCGUGUUAGCCGCCUGCAGCCGCUACUUUGAAGCCAUGUUCAGUGGAGGGCUGCGGGAGAGUCUGGACAGUGAUGUGAAUUUCAGAGACAGUAUUCACCCGGAGGUUUUGGAGCUCCUGUUGGACUUUGCCUAUUCUUCUCGAGUCAUUAUUAAUGAGGAAAAUGCAGAGUCGUUAUUGGAGGCUGGAGAUAUGCUGCAGUUUCAUGACAUCCGUGAUGCUGCAGCAGAGUUUUUAGAGAAGAAUUUGCAUUCGUCCAAUUGUCUGGGGAUGAUGCUGUUAUCAGAUGCGCAUCAGUGCAAAAGGCUGUAUGAACUAUCGUGGAGGAUGUGCUUGGUCCACUAUGAGACGGUCCGAGAGUCUGAAGACUUCUACAGUCUGUCCAAAGACAAACUCUUAGAGCUGAUUCUCAGUGAUGAGUUGGAGAUUGAGGACGAACAGGUGGUGUUUAACUCUGUCAUGCGGUGGGUGCGCUAUGACCUGGAUGGGCGUCGGCAUUACCUCCCGGAGCUGCUGCGAGGCAUCAGACUGGCCCUGCUGCCCUCAGAGUGUCUGCUGGAGGCUGUGGCCUGUGAGGAGCUGGUGAUGGCUGACAAGAGGAGCAGAUCUAUUGUAGAAGAAGCCAUGCAGUGUAAGAAGAGAAUACUACAGAACGAUGGCGUCGUAACAAGUCCAUGUGCACGGCCACGCAAGGCGGGGCACACGCUGCUGAUACUGGGAGGACAGACUUUCAUGUGUGACAAAAUAUAUCAGAAAGUGCAGGCGGCUAGUUUGUCUGAUUCGAGCUAUAGCUUCAAAACGCCUUCAGGACCAGGACUGAACAUAGUGCUUGAGUCCGUGGUUGAGUCCGUGGUUGAGUCCGUGGUUGAGUCCGUGGUUGAGUCCGUGGUUGAGUCCGUGGUUGAGUCCGUGGUUGAGUCCGUGGUUGAGUCCGUGGUUGAGUCCGUGGUUGAGUCCGUGGUUGAGUCCGUGGUUGAGUCCGUGGUUGAGUCCGUGGUUGAGUCCGUGGUUGAGUCCGUGGUUGAGUCCGUGGUUGAGUCCGUGGUUGAGUCCGUGGUUGAGUCCGUGGUUGAGUCCGUGGUUGAGUCCGUGGUUGAGUCCGUGGUUGGGUCCGUGGUUGGGUCCGUGGUUGGGUCCGUGGUUGGGUCCGUGGUUGGGUCCGUGGUUGGGUCCGUGGUUGGGUCCGUGGUUGGGUCCGUGGUUGGGUCCGUGGUUGGGUCCGUGGUUGGGUCCGUGGUUGGGUCCGUGGUUGGGUCCGUGGUUGGGUCCGUGGUUGGGUCCGUGGUUGGGUCCGUGGCUGGGUCCGUGGCUGGGUCCGUGGCUGGGUCCGUGGCUGGGUCCGUGGCUGGGUCCGUGGCUGGGUCCGUGGCUGGGUCCGUGGCUGGGUCCGUGGCUGGGUCCGUGGCUGGGUCGUGGUGGGUCCGUGGCUGGGUCCGUGGCUGGGUCCGUGGCUGGGUCCGUGGUUGGGUCCGUGGUUGGGUCCGUGGCUGGGUCCGUGGCUGGGUCCGUGGCUGGGUCCGUGGCUGGGUCCGUGGCUGGGUCCGUGGCUGGGUCCGUGGCUGGGUCCGUGGUUGGGUCCGUGGUUGGGUCCGUGGUUGGGUCCGUGGUUGGGUCCGUGGUUGGGUCCGUGGUUGGGUCCGUGGUUGGGUCCGUGGUUGGGUCCGUGGUUGGGUCCGUGGUUGGGUCCGUGGUUGGGUCGAUCACAAAGCCAAGGAGAUAAUUCCCAAAGCAGACCUACCCAGUCCCAGGAAGGAGUUCAGCGCCUGCGCCAUCGGCUGCAAAGUCUACGUGACCGGAGGGAGAGGCUCUGAGAACGGCGUGUCCAAAGACGUGUGGAUCUAUGACACGGUCCAUGAGGAGUGGUCUAAAGGGGCACCGAUGUUGAUAGCCAGAUUUGGACAUGGUUCUGCCGAGUUGGAGAACAGUCUGUAUGUUGUAGGAGGACACACAGCAAUAGCAGGUGUAUUUCCUGCUUCUCCAUCUGUGUCAUUAAAACAGGUUGAAAGAUACGACCCGCUCAGUAAUAAAUGGACUAUGAUGGCUCCGCUGAGAGAUGGAGUGAGCAACGCGGCUGUGGUCAGUGCCAAACUCAAACUCUUUGUCUUUGGGGGAACCACAAUUCACAGAGACAAGGCUUCCAAGGUCCAGUGCUAUGACCCUGUGGGGAACCGGUGGACCAUCGCGGCUGAAUGCCCUCAGCCGUGGCGCUACACUGCGGCGGCGGUUUUGGGCAGUCAGAUUUUCAUCAUGGGAGGAGACACUGAAUUCACCGCUGCCUCUGCGUAUCGUUUUGACUGUGACACUAACCUGUGGAGCCGAGUGGGCGACAUGACGUCCAAACGCAUGAGCUGUCACGCCGUAGCUUCUGGAAAUAAACUCUACGUGCACAUGGAAACAUCUACCUGCCUAAAGCUAACGGCUACCGAACGUAGCAUUAAAGAUUCCUGCUGUCGUGGCGAGAGGACAAGCCCAGUGAAACGAAAGAUCGGCCGACGGAUUCCCUCACCGCUGCACAACUGUUUUUCUCCAGAGGCCAAAGACACACGGCGCUUCCAGGAUAAUGUGACGAACAAGCCGGCGAAUGACCCAGGGCUGAAAUAUUACUCUCCUCCCACUGCUGCAUCGAGGAGAAAAGAGAAGAAAUCAAUGUGCAGCUACGGCAGAAGGAUAGACCCCCGAAGUGACAUCCUUAUGUGUUUUAGGUCAUCACCGUGA